AUGAGAAAGUAUAACGACCCAUCCUGUCAAACUGAUGUUGCUGCUAUCUUUGUAGGUGAAGACGGGGAACCUCCUGCACAACGCGACAUUUGCAUAUAUCCAAGGGGAGAUGCUUGCAAGCGUAUCUCUGUUCUCAAUAUGAACUGUGACCCCAUGGUUUAUCCACUGCUAUUCCCUUACGGAGAUCCAGGCUGGCACAUACAAUUAACCCAUGUUGAGGAAAAGCGAACCGCGAAAAGAAUGCGAGUCACACAGCUCCAAUUUUAUGCUUUCAGGCUUGCCAUGAGAUCUUCAUUUAGUGUCUUGCAUUCCAGUGGCAAACUCCUCCAGCAAUACAUCGUUGACGCAUAUGUCAGAACAGAAGGCGCGCGUCUACAUUACCUUUGCUCACAUCAACAAGAUUUGCGUGUAGAGCAAUACAGGGGACUUAUGGAUGCUGUCACUGCGAAAGCACAUCACCAUGACCUCCGCCCUGGACAAUUGAUCAUUCUUCCUUCUACCUUUCAAGGCAGUCCAAGGCACAUGCAACAGAACUACCAAGACGCGAUGGCAAUUGUCCGCAAAUGUGGAAAGCCUGACUUAUUCUUAACCUUCACCUGCAAUCCUGCUUGGCCGGAAAUCUGCAACGCUAUUUCCCAUCAUGAGCAAAUAGAACACAGACCUGACAUCGUUGCUCGCGUUUUUCAUAUCAAACUGCGACAUUUUCUAGCAGAUAUUCUGGAAAGGAAUAUUUUCGGCAAUGUCCUCGCUUACAUCUUCGUCAUUGAAUUCCAAAAACGAGGAUUGCCUCAUUGCCAUAUGUUAAUUACACUUGACUCACAAUACAAAAUAAGGACCAAAGAUGAUAUAGACAAAUAUGUUUGUGCGGAGCUUCCACAUCCUGAAAUUCACCCUCGACUUUUCCAAAUUGUCACUAAAUGCAUGGUGCAUGGUCCGUGUGGCACGCUCAACGCCAAAUCACCUUGCAUGAAAGACGGCGCAUGUACCAAAAAUUUCCCGAAAGACUUCAACGCGGAGACUCAAGAAAACACAGAAGGCUACCCCAUAUACCGCAGAAGACAAGGGAGAACUGCCAUUGUUGGCAAAUACGAUAUCGACAACCGUUGGAUAGUUCCUUACAAUCCGUGGCUUUCUCAGAAAUUCAAUGCUCAUAUUAACGUUGAAGUUUGCGCGUCCAUUCAAUGUAUCAAGUAUCUUUAUAAGUAUGUGUACAAAGGACACGGCGCUGCAUCAAUUGCACUCCGCAGGGAGCCAGCCGAUGAUAUUUUUGAACAUGACGAAAUACAGACUUUCCUUGACGGUAGGUAUGUUAGUGCUCCUGAGGCUAUGUGGCGUUUGAACGAGUACAGCCUAUCAGAAAAAUCUCACGUCAUUACCCGACUACCAGUUCAUUUGCCGGAACAACAACUCAUUUUCUUUCAUGAGGGUCACGAGGAACAGGCGCUCCAAAGACACGCCCACAAAAACACUAUGCUGUUAGCAUGGUUUGAACUCAACAAAACAGAUCCUGAAACUGUAGAGUUGUAUUACACUGAUGUUCCGCAACAUUACUCGUUUCAAACAUCCUCUGGAAAAUGGAAAAAGAGAAUCAGAGGAGGGACAAAAGUGAUCGGUAGAAUGCCUGUUGUUGCCAUUCACGACACCGAACGUUAUUACCUCAGACUUCUCCUUACCCGUUGCGUGGGUAUCACAAGUUUUCACCAUCUACGAACAGUCAAUGGUAUCGAAUGUGACACUUUCAAAAAAGCUUGCCAAGAGUUAGGUCUUCUUAAAGACGACAAGAUAUGGCAUGAUACUCUUUCAGAGGCAUCCCAGAUACGAAUGCCACGAUUCUUGCGAGAGAUGUUCGUUUUCAUCUGUGUCUUCGGUGAACCACACAAUGUUCCACACCUUUGGGACACACAUAAAGUCUCCUUUUCCGAAGACUUUCUCACAAAAUAUUCCACAACCACCGCUUGCAUGUAUGCUCUCGCUGAGAUUAAUGACAUGCUGCAACCACAUGGCUUCAACCUGCACAAAUUGCACCUUCCCCCCACUGACAUUCCUCCACUGUGUCAUUCAUCUCCCACCUUCGACGCUCAGGCUGAAAACUCACACGCUAUAGAACACUACGACAAACUCAACACAGAACAGAAACACGCUGUUGAUACUGUUUUACACGCUGCAUAUAACAAUUCCCAUCCCCGAUGCUUCUUCUUGGAUGGUCCUGCAGGAACAGGGAAAACCUUUGUGUACAAAACCCUGAUUCAUACCAUCAGAGCUAGGGGAGACAUUCCUACAACCUUAGCAUCUACAGGAAUAGCUGCAACAUUAUUACCGGGUGGACGAACUGCCCAUUUUGUUUUUAAAAUACCAUUGAAGCUCACUUCUACAUCCACAUGCAACAUCAAACCUUCCUCACCACAUGCUCAACUUCUUCUAAAAUCCAAAGUUAUUAUAUGGGACGAGGCGCCAAUGACACACGCAUACGCAUUCCAGGCAGUUGACAGGUUAUUACGUGACCUCACGGGUGACACGCAGCCUUUUGGAGGCAAAACAAUACUAUUGGGUGGAGAUUUCCGACAAAUUCUCCCCGUCAUUAUGCGUGGCUCCCGAGCGCUUACUGUCGCCAGUUGCAUUAACAAGCACCCUUUGUGGCGUCACAUGCAUGUUCUUUCACUGACAACAAAUAUGAGAGCUCUUCCUGAAGAACAACAUUUCGCACAAUGGCUCUUUGAUGUUGGAGACGGGAUAAACGGAACACCUGUGACAUUGCCUUCACAUUGUUUUCCUUUAAUUUCUGAUCCCGUUCAACAACUAGAUUGGAAGAAUAAAGAAUCCUCAAUGGAUCAGUGGCUUAAAAGUAGAUUUUUGCCAACGAAAAGGCGAAAACCUGACCAGGAAGAAAUGCAAGAAAGUUGUCAGGAAGACGGUGCAUGUCAACAAGAAAUAGAAGGACAAUGUGAGUCUGACGUGGACGGCUAUUCAGAUAAUUCCCAUGUUGUUGAAACUGAAAGUGAUGCAGCUAAUAAAAGUACCCUCCGUGUUAGUCAGAAACACGGAAAUAAAUGA